ACCCAUCGUACACCAAUACUACUUCGUCUUCCCCUGUGUGAACUCAGAGCUGAAGCACAUAGUGGAGGGCGGAGACGAUGAAGCCGGUGGGAUGCUCUCCGCCGCCCCCGUUCCUUUUGGCCGGCACCCUUCCUCUCCCUCGUGCGCCCUAACACCUCCAGCCGGCGGCGGACAGGAAGCUGCUCGCCUCUCGAGUUUGCGAGGCCGGACCUGCAGGAUGUGAAUCCCGGAUGGCAUAGCUGCUUCGACCGGCUCGAGCACGGAAGCUACAGCAUAGUGGAGGCGGUUCCCUGGUGUUGUAGCUGCUCCUAUUGGCUCGUUCGCGGUGGCCCGUUCCCGCCGGCGACGGAUCUCACCUGAUGGAGUCACUCAUACUAGCUACUAUCUGGAGGCGGCAAACGGGCAAGUGGAGUCGUCGUCGUGCUGUUGCGUGCGUCCGUCCGUCCGUCCACAGGGGAGCUGCUUCGCUGAAGAUUCAUCUUCAGCUGUUCGUGUACUCACCAUCUCCACAGGAGACAGGACAGAGAGAUGACAUAUCAACAUAGCAUCAGCUGUUGGUCGUAUAGGCAAUGCUGGAGCCAUUGGCUAAACGUGGAGUGGAGAUUGCAUCACCUGACAUGUUUGUCAUUAUCAUGGUUCCCAACACCAACUUGUGGAGAAGCCAUCGGUGGAGAACAAAAUCCUUCACUUUACCCGUCAGGUCGUGUGCCUUUUGCUUCUGCUGUAUGUGCCUACAGAGAGCGGCAAGAUGGACUCAUGAAAAGGUGGGGAUUUCAUGGCAAUUCCAUUUACAGAGCAGAGCUUCUACCUGUUAUCCGGCGCUGCCGAUUUCCCCUGGGAGCUUCAAUUACAUAGCCUCGGAGAUGGCCAUUUUUUCCCCUCCGUUCUUGUUUGCAUUACUGGUGGAUUAUUAGAUUUGGCGGGUAGCCUUAUGUUUUCUGGACGCCUCAGCGCGCGAAGGAGAAAAUUUCCCUCCAAUUUUGUGAUCUGUUUUAACUGCAGGCUUGUAUUACGGGAGGAUUAGUACUUGCCCGCGUACGCCCCGAUCGUGUCCGGUAUGUAUUUUCGAUCGCUUGUUCUGUUUUGUUUUAGCGAAAGUGAAGGGAGACGUGCGGGGAGGGGGAAGUCCUUGGAUGCUUGCCACGUAGCUGGGCGCACCGAUGGGAGCAGAAACGGGCGCAGGCAAGCCCCGUCCCUCUCCCUACUUCUCCCCUUUGUGUGAAUUGGGUGCCGAGAUGGGAUUUUAGGAGGUUUAGGAGCACCUUAUCAUGCUAGGUGCUCGUGAGAUCAUAAGAUUUUUUUUCUUUUUACUUAAAACGAUCUAGCCAUAGGAUUUAGUUCAAGGUUACUCUUCUUAGUAGCCAAUUCCUAUGUUCGUUUAUCGAAUCGUUAGAAUUAUGUAGUUAGUUCGAUCAAUACUAUAUGAGGCCUUGGAUGAGCAAAAGUCAGUUAAUGAUCAUUAGAAUUAUGUAGGACCUGGUGAUCCUCUUAUGUCAGUCUGAUGGCUUCCUCAUGAAAGUAUUACGCUGCAACGCUGUCAUGGACACCUAGUAUUCAUAUACCUGCAUUCAAGAUGCACGACUUUCAAAUUUUGUUAUAUCUAAAGGUUUUCACAAGCUAUAAGAUCCUAAAUCUAGGAUCCCCUCCAGGGUUUAUUCACUUUCCACUCAUCGGAAUAUUAUAGUGCAGCAUGCCCUGUCAACUUAUUUGCAGUACGACAAGCAAUUGAAACUGCUUUGCUUCGCUGUCAUCUCUUGCUGAUCAUUAACUGGCUUUUGCUCAUCAGGGAACAACGGUUGUGGAUAACCUUUGAACAGCGAGGAUGUCCACUACAUGCUCGAGGCCCUGGACGCGCUUGGGCUCUCAGUGGAAGCAGACAAAGUUGCAAAAAGAGCUGUAGUCGUCGGCUGCGGCGGCAGGUUCCCGAUUGAAAAGGAUGCCAAGGAGGAAGUAAAGCUCUUCUUGGGCAACGCUGGAACUGCAAUGCGGCCAUUGACGGCAGCUGUAGUAGCUGCUGGUGGAAAUGCGACUUAUGUUCUUGAUGGAGUACCAAGAAUGAGGGAGCGUCCUAUCGGUGACUUAGUUGUCGGUUUGAAACAACUAGGUGCGAGUGUUCAUUGUUUCCUCGGCACUGACUGCCCACCUGUUCGUAUCAACGGCAUUGGAGGGCUACCUGGUGGCAAGGUUAAGCUGUCACAUGGCCGCGCCGGCUACCGCUGCCCGCAGGAGCCCUGGCCGGCGGGGAAAUCGAGUAGGAGAAGAGCUCACUCAUGCCGUCCGCUGACGCGGGCCAGCGACAGCAUGGCGUCCCCAUGGCCAGUGGAAGCGGCCGGUCGGAGCAGCACCGGCGACCGCUGGUAG